AUGUUUAAGAAUUUAAAAGAUAAAUUAGCUACUCAAGUCAAUAAAACCAAUCAAACUCUAUUCUCAACUAUUCUCCCAACAGAUUCCGCAUCCUCAUCUUCAACUACUAGUCACGAUGUGAGUCAUGAAAAUAAUCGUUCACGGAUAGACUCAGCUUCGAGUGAUAUCAGUCAAACUCAAAUAGGCAACACAAGCUACGUCUCACCAGCACGUCAAUUCGUACCGCCCUCAGAUGUCGAUUCCGAAUAUGGCGCGGAUGAGAGUGAUCAUGAAACUCGUACAAAAGCACAGAAAUUACUCAAUAUAUAUAAGAAUAAAUUUUCACAGUUGAAAAAUGCGUACGAUGAAGUGGAACGCGAAAGGGAUAAUUUAAAGAGUGUCUUACAACAACAGCAAGAUAAUGCGAUCAAACGACAAAGUGAAUUGCGUCAGAAAAUGAAACAAGAACUACAAAUGAAAGAACAAACGGAAAGCAUCUAUCUCAAUGAGAUCAAAGCACGUGAGAAAACAGUCGAAGAACUCACUCAACAACUUUCAGAACGAAAUAAGACUAUUCGAGAACUUGAGGAAGAUGUUAAAAAUCUACACGAAAAGAAUACGCAACGUGAAAAAUUGCUUCUUCAAUGUAAAGAGAAAAUAAAUAUUCAUCAGGAAAAGCAAAAUGCUCUAAUCGUCGAACGCGAUAAUCUCAAAACGCAGUUAGACGAAAAAGAUGCAUUCAUUCAGUCAUUAACUAAAGAAGAUCACGCGGCAAAAUCAAAUGAUCUUCAAAAAAUAUACGAUGAAUUACUUGUGAAAUUCAAUGAACUUUCAGAGAUUAACCAACAGUUGCAAGACAAACACCAUAACGAAGAAUCUAAUCCAGUUGAACACACAGUUGACAUCGAUACGAUUGUUACAAACUUGAAGCGUGACCACGAAGUCGAAUUAAACAAAAAAAUCGAUGAACUACGAGAAGAACAGCAAGAAGCAAUUGAUAAGUUAGAAAAGACUCACAAACAACAAUUAACGGAAGUCGAAGGUUUAGUUAGAAAAACGCAACACAAGUCAGAUGACUUAUCUUUACAAAAUACUGAGCAGCAGAAAGAAAUCGAUCGUCUUCAACAAUCACUAAACGAACAAAAUACGAAAAUAACUCAGUACGAAAAUGAACUGCAGGCGAAAACUACUCGUAUUGCUGAACUCGAACAAACAACUACAUCUAAUCUACAAGACAACAUCGAAAAGCAACUUUUAGAAAAUCAAACAGAACUUCUGCAACUUCGUACAACUAUUGCCGAGCUCGUGAACACGAUUGCUAAACAGAAAGAACUACUCGAACAAAAAGACGGUGAAAUCGAUACAUUCAAGCAAACUCUAUCCAAUCAAGAAUCACUUUAUCAAUCUUUAACAAAUGAACAUCAACAAACAAUGGAAGAUCGAAAUAGAUACCGAUCUUUAGCUGAUGAAGUUCAACAACAGUUAGCUCUCCAGAAAUCUCAAUUGGACGAGCAAGAGAAGACGUUGAGUAAUGAAUUGAAACGAUCUGAAGACAAGACUCGUAAGCUUCAAACUCAAUGUGAAUCACAGCAGACUGAAAUUGCCUCUUUGCAAACUGAACUUGCAAGUUUGGUAGAUACGAACGAAGAGAAUACUCGUCGGAUAGAUGAAUUUGAAAAUGAAAAGUUCAAUCUCGAACAAGAAAUCAUCGAGAAAGACCGACAAAUCGAUGAAUUGAAUGAGAAAACUAUCGAACUCGAAUCAGAUCUCAAACAGGCACAAGAAAGUGGGGCAAAACUACGUAAAGCAUUACAAAAAAUGAAAGAAUCCGUGGCAAAUAAAGAACAAAGUAACGUGCAGGAUACAGAAAAUCAAUUGAGGAAAACCGUGGAAGAAUAUGAACAACGAUUGAGAAUACAAGAAAAAGAAUAUGAUUCGAAAUUGAAAGCGAUGGCAAAAGAAAUGAAUCGACAAAUUGAGGAACGAGAAGCGAAUUAUCAUCAACAAUUAAGCGAUCUAAAGCGUAAAAAUCAGCAAAUCGAACAACAAGAUGUCUCUAAAUGGGAAGAGAAAGUAAAUGAUGCCGAAGAACGUGCUCUAAAUGCUGAACGAGAGAUGUCGAAGUUGCAUGAACAACUGAAAGAGAAACAGCUGGAACAUUAUCGAGCCACACAAGACUUGCAAGUUCAAAUACAAAAGUUACAAAAACAACUUCCUCAGACGACUGACGAUUCUACUCAAACUAUUAUCGAAGAAAAUGGCUUACAUUCAUUUCUAUCUGCACCGACGGAAGUUGACUACUUGAAACAGAUUGUACUUGCAUAUAUGAUUGGAAAAGAUCAACUAACAAUGGCCAAAGUUAUCUGUGCGGUUCUUCGUUAUACCGACGAGGAAAAAUCGUUGAUACUAGAACAUGAAAGACACCGUCACUCUAGAUGGCUCAACUCAAUAAAAACAUAG